CGCGUUCACAGUGCUCCACGUUGCCCGACACUUUGUGCACCUGGGUUUCGUCGCCGAUAGCUUUUUCAUCGCGAUCGAGCUUUACUCCGGCCAAAAACCAGGCUCUUAAUCAGUUUUUCAGAUGUGUGUUCGUUUCUUUAUCUUUUCAUUUCGAUUUGCGGAAAAUCACGCUUUAAUACGGAUGAUGAGGUGAUAGUUCUCGGGAAAGUCAGUUUUUUUUUUGGUUCAUAAAAUAAAUAAGUGUGGAUAUGUACGCGUAUGCGGGGAGCGGGCCUCCCCAUUAUGCGCCCCCUUCGACGUAUUUACAGCCCCCUCCGCCGCCUACGCACCACGUGCAGGUACCACCUGUUGCAAUGGCCCAAGAAUCCAACCCCGUACCCCAGUAUUCCAAGAAAAGAAGGUCAGAUGAAGACGACCCCAGCUCUAACAAAUACGCUAGGAUGGAUGACGAUCCAACCAUUCAAGAUAAGGAACGGUUUGCUAGUAGGGAGAAUCAUUGCGAAAUUGAGAGAAGGCGCCGAAAUAAGAUGACAGCCUACAUUACGGAGCUGUCAGACAUGGUGCCCACCUGCAGCGCACUUGCCAGAAAACCUGACAAGCUCACCAUCCUCCGUAUGGCCGUAGCGCACAUGAAAGCACUCAGAGGUACCGGAAACACCAGUACAGACGGAACCUACAAGCCGUCCUUCUUAACUGACCAAGAGCUGAAGCAUCUGAUCCUCGAGGCAGCUGAUGGAUUCCUUUUUGUGGUUAGUUGUGAUACAGGUCGGGUAAUUUAUGUAUCCGAUUCGGUGGCUCCUGUAUUGAAUUACUCACAGAGCGACUGGUAUGGGUCUUGCAUUUACGACAAUAUUCAUCCCGAAGACGUUGAAAAAGUUAGGGAACAGCUGUCUACACAAGAGCCACAAACCGGUAGGAUACUAGACCUGAAAACUGGAACAGUUAAAAAGGAAGGACAUCAGUCGUCCAUGAGGUUAUGCAUGGGUUCCCGAAGAGGCUUUAUCUGUCGAAUGAAGAUCGGCAACUUGUCUCCCGAGAACAUGGGUGUGGGCCACUUAAACAGGCUGAAACAGAGGAAUAGUUUAGGGCCUGGUCGCGAUGGGCAAAACUAUGCUGUAGUCCACUGUACGGGCUACAUCAAAAAUUGGCCUCCUACAGAUAUGUUCGCAGGUGUGCAAAUGGAGAGACAAGCGGAGGAUGACAUGCAUUCGGCGCAUUGUUGCCUAGUUGCGAUCGGGCGCCUCCAAGUGACGUCAACGCCCAACACCAGCGACAUGUCGGGAUCCAACAGCAAUGCUGAAUUUAUAUCACGUCAUUCGACGGAUGGCAAGUUCACCUUUGUGGAUCAGAGAGUCAUGGGGCUUUUAGGUUAUUCCCCGCCGGAACUGCUGGGGAAGAGUUGCUUUGAUAUGUUCCAUCCUGAAGACCAGACACAUAUGAAGGACAGUUUUGAACAGGUGUUGAAACUAAAAGGCCAAGUGUUGUCGGUGAUGUAUCGGUUCCGAGCAAAAAAUCGAGAAUGGGUCUGGCUUAGGACAAGUGCGUUCUCUUUCCUGAACCCUUACACGGACGAUGUCGAAUACAUUGUCUGUACGAAUACCACAGCUAAAUCGCUGCAUUCCAGCGGAAAUAACAGCACCGAAGCUACGGAACAAGUAGGCUACCAACAACCCGGCCUGGAUUACAGCCUUCAGCGGAGGGAGGCAGGACUCUAUUCGCACAUAUUACCGUCAGCCCACCUACAAGGGGAUUAUCUGCCAAUGACAUCUUCGGGCUGCAGUGAACGGCAGGACGAAAGAUUUCCGAGGCUUAUGACCGAUCCUCAGCAAGCUCAGCAGCGCCCUGGAAGCGGUCAAAAUGUUUAUAGCGCCUAUGAACCUACGCAAUCGCCGAUCCAGUACGGAUCACCUUCCCAAACACCAGCAACUUCGGGGGGUGCUGCCGUACUUGCGCGGCUGGGUAAAGGGAGCACCACCAGCCCAACUCCUGCCGCGGCGGCCUGGAGCCUACGCCAGUCACAGCCCCAAACGCAGUCAGCCCCAGACGGCUAUCAGUACGGUCAGCCGAGUCCACGCUCUCCUGGGCCCACGUACACCCAGUUGAGCGGAGGAGGGCGCGCGGCUUCGGCCGGAGUCCCCGCGCCAGGUCCCGCUUCUUACCAGUGGGCCAACUGGCAAGGAGCGCCACAAACUUCAGAAGCAGGUCCUGGAUCUGGCAGUUCUGGACCGCCUGCGCAACCCCAACCUCAUGAACUGACGGACAUGCUGCAGAUGUUAGAUGGGUCAGGGGCAGCUCCGUUUGGAGACCUAAACAUGUUUGAUACUACAUUUGAAUAGGUAUCCGGGUUUUCGAUACGCAAAAGGACGAAUAUGUUGUAAUUUAUUGAUAUCGUACUGUCUUAACGGUCGUUAAGUAAGUUAUAAAUAAGACUUGGUUUUUUGUAAGUGUUGUGGCGUCCAAGAUGUUGUAUAUUUAUAUAAGAGCAUGUUGCUAUACAAAUUACUCUUAUUGUCUAGUGGUCACUAUACUCAGAUUAAUUUAUACGACGUUUGUAAAAAAGCAUUUUUUUUAUAAAUAGUUAAUUUUAACUUACAUGUAACAUUAGAAGUUUUACAACAAAAGCGAAAUGUAUCAAUUCGAUUUUAGUACAUUUUUACGACUUCAAGACAUAUCUUUAAAUAUUUUAGAGUAAAAGGAGGGACAGCAUUAAUCGAAAUAAUACAUUUCGCACUUUAUACAAAUAAUUUUAAUUAACUUUACGAAACGAACACCUUGUGCUUUGCAGUGUGGUGAAAACUGUUAUACAAACUUAAGUAAAGUACAAAAAUCUUAUUUUAAAGCAUCAAAGUUUAUCGAUCGAUUUGGAACAAUCAAUAUUUUUGUAGAGAUUUUAUUUUAUAUAUUGUGUUUGUAUAAAUUAUAUAUACAUUGAAUUUUGUUUUUUCUAUUAUUCAAGAAAAAUAGCUAAGAUUUUAAAAAGUCAAUAAAUAAUAAUAAAAUAAGCUGUUUUAUUUCAUUAUACCGUAUAUGGGAAAUGACAACCGCUGAUAGUUUUUGCGAGGUCAAUAUCUAGACGUCAUUUACUAAAAACUGUCAUAAAACUUAGAUUAAAUUAUAAAGAUUAAAAAGGAUGCAAAACGGUUCCAGACACAAAUGUAUAAAUUUGUAAUUUCCAAAAAAUGAUUUUCUCAGACACAAAUGUAUAAAUUUGUAAUUUCCAAAAAAUGAUUUUCUCAGAGUUUACUAUAGAAUUUAAAAAUCAUUCUUACUCAAUAUAAAAAUAAAUUACAACCUUCUUAUAGUAUAUACAGCAGUAAGUGCCAUUAAAAAACAAAGAAGGGCACGGUAAGAGUAAAUGACGUCUAGGGCUUGACCUCACUAAAAUUAUCAUCGAUUCCGGCCGGCGUUUUUUUUUAUCGUAGGGUACUUUAAGUAAUGUUUUAAGUAAUUAUUUAUUUGGGUAGCGGGUAGCCUAUUCUCUACGACCCCGGUGGAGGAAAGACUACUUCAGGGAUACGACCCUGCCCACGCGAGUCUUGAUUCUCCUCUAUCUCCUAAUACUAGGGGGAAAUCAAGUCCUGUCCUUCAUCUCAUUCACAACCUUAUUAUUCCUUCCAUAUCCCACCUAUUUUCCAGGAAGACUAUGGUAUCUAAUUAACCAGAACUUUUCUCAAGAGACUAGAAGAACCUUUCAAUAUGGUGAAAUUUAAAACUAACGGGUACCCAGCUGAUUAUAAUAUAAGAAGUCGACAAUAUGUCUAAUAGGGAAUAUUUUUCAAAUACUGUUGGAAGUGUUGGAUGAUCUUGAUGUUUGUAGAACAGUAGUAUCAGAUGUGCUAUCUCAUGUCCUUAGUUUUUCAACUACUCUAACAAUUUAAAAACAGAAGCAUUCUAUGAGAAAAUACGCGAUUUAAUACUACACAUCAGCACACUGUCGCCCAGCGACUGAAGCGGCAGGAUAUUAUUACUUAACUCGAAGGUAGUUAAUGAAAUUUACGUAAGUAAAUUUUGCCGAUGGUGUCUCGACGGUUUGGAUCAAAGGGUGACGCUCGAGAGCGUGACGCUGCCUUCUUCCGAACAGGCAGACCUGGAUAAUCUCCGAACUUGAUAUUCUGCUUUACGAUGACCUAUGUAGCAUGCAUAGGUACCGAUAGGUCGCUCGAUAGGACAGGGGUUGAUCUCAGAUAAGGCUGUUUAACAGACGAGGCAAGGCAUAAUCAUUGAAAAAGGUCAAAUCUACAGAAGAGGGCAACCACACCUCGGAGGCGACAUGAAGAAUUUUUUGUUCUGCAUCUGCCUGACAUCGAUUUAUGGGUAGAGAUUCGGGAUGGAGAGGCUAGCAUACCCCAGCUCAGCCUAAAACCAUCUAAAGAUAAUUCGAAUUCGUGGCGCGUUUAAAUCAAAGAAGAUUCCAGAUGAAAUAUUGCAAGACGCGUGAAUUGGUCCUAAAGCUUCUUCGGAUUCUCCCAGGCACCGUCGAAUACCUCUGAGGCAUCAAGAUACAAAACCCGCCUUAUAAAAAA